AUGUAUUAUUACAGCAGCGCAAAGGAUCUUAAUGGUCGAGACGUUGAUUAUUUCAUGGAGCGUUUAAAGUUCUUUAUUAAUUUGUAUCAGAGAAAUGAUUUGGAGGUCAAUGGUGAAGCUUACUCUAAUUUUCAAGCGAUGUUGGAUACAUACGAUAUAUAUGAAAAUGAGACCUUCUAUAAUACACGAAGGGUUGCAGAAAUGCUCUCGCCCUCUUGUGAGAAACUUAUACGUAAUUGCAAACUAUCAGGUGUCGAAGUCGAAUGCUUCAGCCCUAACACAUUUCAGAAAAGUUUGACGACUUAUGGAUUUUGCUGUACCUUUAAUCGAGGAAAUUCUUACAGCGAUCGUAAAAUCCGUGAUCAAUUCGUUAAUUCGGAGCUUGGUUUGACGGUCGUUUUGAAUACCAGUCAUACAGAUGACUUUAUGUCCAUAUUGAAUAUAGAUGGUUACAUUGUCAUCGUCCAUGAUUCCGAUAUCUUUGCCGACACAACAUCAGGUGAGGCACACGAGCUAUUUAUAGCAGAUGGCGAAGAGUCCUUUAUGGCAUUGCGUGCUCUUUUGGUUUAUACAGAACCCAGUUUGAGUUCAUUUAGGCCACAUACACGUAAAUGUUAUUUCGAAAAUGAAUUUUCAGAGUAUGCAGCGGGUACUCAAUGGAAUUACAGUUUUUCAAAUUGCAUAACACGUUGCCGAAUACGUAGUAUGGUGGCGCUGUGUCGUUGUAUACCCUUUUAUAUGGAUACCAGAUUGUUACCGGAUACAGAUGGCGUUAUUUACUGCACCCUGCAGCAUGUGCCGUGCCUGCUGAGCUAUAACUUCAAAUGGACUAAUGUGCUUACACAACGCGAGCUCUUACCUGGUUUAGAGCGUGCUUACGAAGAAGCGCUGUACUGCCCGGAAUGCCUGCCAGCCUGCAACGAUGUGCAAUAUGGUGUGUCGUUCAUGGCAUUGCCUAUAGAUCGGUUCUUAGCUAGCAGUACGAAAGCAGAAUUGGAUAAGAUCGGCUUGGAUUUGGAGGAGAUGUCUGUGUUACGUAUCCACUUUGAUGAGCCAUAUGCAAAGUAUUAUAAGCGAGUGGUGGGUAAUACCUGGUAUGAAGCAUUGUGCACAGUUGGUAAUGUAACCUCAAUAUUUCUGGGCUUCUCUAUUGUUGCAACCUUUGAGAUUGGAUUCUUUACAUCGAAAUACGUAAUACUUGCCAUAAAAUCAGCCUUAAGACAAGAUAAACAAGAGCAAAAAAAAGGCAAAAAUAAAGAUGAUAUGCAACUCUAUAUAUGUCCUUAA